AUGUUUGCCCAGCCCGCCCAGCCAUCUGGCAGUCGCCACGGCGACGUCCCGAUGCACGACCACCACACAAGACCAGCGUACAGCCACGAGCACAGACCAUCCGAGCCCGCGCCCCAGCCUCCUUCAAGUCCGGUCUUCAAUCCUUACCCCUACAGUCCUCUAACCGAUGUCGAACUAUUCGAGAUGCGCACCCGCCUGCUUUACUGCAAGACCAUCCUAAACGAGAUCAUUGAAUGGUUGACGCGUCUCAUCCGGUUCUCGCCCGAUAGCAAGGAGUGGAUACACCUCAAGGGAAACGAGUGGAACCGGCACCCGUUCAAACCGGUCAUGCUCAACUUCAUACAGUCUGUCAGAAGUCGCGAACACGAUUUUGCGGUCAAUGCGCACGCUUCGGGACGGAAAGACCGCGCGGAGAGGUGCUGGGACGCGGUUCAGGGAAUAGCUCAGAUCCAGUCUUACGUCGAGGAUGGCAUUCCCAGGCUACACGAUGCUAUGAUGAGGCAUGAGCUCAUUCUAGAGGGCAAUACAUCACCGUACAUCUACGAUCCCCGCUGGAGGCCUUAG